AUGACCGGCCACCUUCUGAUCUACAUCAUGGUGUCCAUCUUCAUCACCAUCUCCUACGCUCCUCCGAAAAUAACAGUUCACUACGUUGCCCCGGGGAUUUCUGCUAAUUCCUCAGCUCUGGCUUCUCGCCCACUUGGCCCAUUCUGGAACCUGCGUUUGGAAGACGGCGCGCUUUGGAACAGAUUGCAGCACGCUCUGGACCGUCAACACAAUCCGAUACUAAGAGGAAACACAACUGGGAUAAUGAGGAAGCCGAAAGUGCAGCUUUUAACGGAAAUCGAGGAUGAAUGCCUUUCUGACUGCAUGUCCCACAAGUGCUCAGUCCCUCGCGUGCAUGAUAUGGAUAGUUUGUCAGAACAAAUGAGGGCAUUUAUCAAGUCAAUGCACUGCAGGAAAUACCCCCUCCUCAUCAAUCAGCCUGGUAUGUGUAGGAGGGGGAACCACAGCUUUGGAGUGGACUCUCCCAUGCUCCUCAUGGCCAUCAAAUCUCAAGUGGGGAAUUUUGAAAACAGGCAGGCCAUCCGUGAAACAUGGGGGCGAAGUGGCAUGGUGAGGGGGCAAUCGAAUAAGAAAGGGGGACUUGUGCAGACAGUUUUUCUGCUUGGAAGGCAGGACUCAAGUACAGGUCCACAUCCAGACCUCAACAACCUCCUUGAGCUUGAGAACCAGAGGUACGGGGAUAUUCUACAGUGGGAUUUCAGAGACACUUUCUUUAAUUUGACCCUAAAGGACCUCCUGCUGUGGCAGUGGCUCCAGCAGUACUGCCCCACGGCCAGCUUCAUCUUUAAAGGGGACGAUGAUGUCUUUGUUCGAACAGAUGCACUUCUGGAUUACCUGCACACGACGAUGGAGGAGCACAGUCUUUGGACAGGCUUCAGGAAUGGAACAGAGAUGGAUUUGUUUGUUGGGGACGUGAUCAGCAACGCCAUGCCAAACCGAGAGCCGUCAACCAAAUACUACAUCCCAGAAAGUUUCUACAAAGGAGCAUACCCUUCUUACGCUGGUGGAGGAGGGGUGGUGUAUUCCGGAUCACUCGCGUUACGCUUGAGAGAUGUCUCUGAGAGGGUUCAUCUUUUCCCAAUCGACGAUGUGUACCUUGGUAUGUGCCUGCACAGACUUGGGCUCUCUCCAAGCCAUCACCCGGGAUUUUUAACAUUUGAUCUCCCAGUUACGGACCGGGAAAAUCCCUGCGCAUACAGAUCUGUUCUGCUUGUUCACAAGCGAAACCCCAAGGAGAUGUUGACUCUAUGGAAACGGCUUCAGAAUCUGCACGGUCAAUGUUGA